UUUUUUUUUUUGUUCAUCUUUGGCUCGCCUCGUUGUCGGUGCGAUGGUCUCGGUUCCGAAGGGCAGGUGCAACUCGGUUCGCCCUCGCCGUUUGUGAAACGAAGGAAGAAAAGAGAUCAACCGAUCCGAAAGAGAAAAAAAAGUGUGCUCAUCGCCUGGUUCAUCGUGCGUGUUUUCGUGCCGUUGUGUGUGCUUGAAACAUCGCCGCCGUGCGUCUUUUUCUUCUGGGCGGCUGGCAGAGCAAAAACGCCGCGCUGUGGAUUGCCGUGAGAGGAGGCCUUUAGGCUUACGCCUCGACAUCGGCUGCCGCCGCCGCCACCACCCCGCUGUCACCGGAACGCACGCCGGCGCUCCCUGAAGCUAGCCGGAAGAAGAUAGAGACGCUGGGCAAAAUGACGGCCAUGUCGCAGGAAGACAUCGUCAGCAACACCAAGACGGUGAUCCAGGGCCUGGAGGCCUUGCGCAAUGAACACAACACGAUCCUGUCGGGGCUGCGCAGCUCUGUGCAGGCGGUGCAGCAGUCCCAGCAGCAGCAGGACAACAAGGCCAGCCUGGUGGCCGAGGAGAAAGCCCAGCUGGUCCAGAAGUCCCUCGAGGCACUCGAGCUGGGCCUGGGCGAGGCGCAGGUCAUGGUGGCACUGGCAUCGCACCUUCAGGCGGUGGAAGCGGAGAAGCAGAAGCUUCGCGCCCAGGUGCGCCGCCUGUGCCAGGAGAAUGCGUGGCUACGUGACGAGCUGGCCAACACGCAACAGAAGCUGCAGGCCUCGGAGCAGGCGGUUGCCCAGCUCGAGGAAGACAACAAGCAGCUACAGUUUGUCAACUCGCUCAAAAAGUACGACGACCUGUCCGCAUCCACCACAUCUGUGGCCUCCUCCUCAGCUGCCCAGGGUGACGAGUCGCAGAAGUCUCAGAGUGAGAAACGCGAAGGUGACCCUCCCCUCGACCUGGGUUUCCCCGACGACGAGGAAAACAAUCAGGACGCCCUGUCCCCACCUGGAGGUGGGGUUGGCAUGGGCCCCAUGGGGACCUCCGGAGGGGGGGGCUCGGCUGGGUACGAGAUCCCGGCUCGGCUGAGGACGCUGCACAACCUGGUGAUCCAGUACGCGUCGCAGGGGCGCUACGAAGUAGCCGUGCCCCUGUGCAAGCAAGCCCUCGAGGACCUGGAGAAGACCAGCGGCCAUGAUCACCCGGAUGUGGCCACCAUGCUCAACAUCCUGGCACUUGUCUACAGGGACCAGAACAAGUACAAGGAGGCGGCUGCGCUGCUGAAUGAUGCGCUGGCCAUCCGGGAGAAGACGCUGGGCGAGAGCCAUCCUGCCGUGGCGGCCACGCUCAACAACCUGGCCGUGCUGUACGGCAAGCGAGGAAAAUACCGCGAUGCUGAGCCCCUGUGCAAGCGCGCCCUCGACAUCCGCGAGCGGGUUUUGGGCCGAGACCAUCCCGACGUUGCCAAGCAACUCAACAACCUGGCCCUACUCUGCCAGAACCAGGGAAAGUACGAGGAGGUUGAGCGCUACUACCAACGGGCAUUGGACAUCUAUGAACGGACGCUGGGCCCCGACGACCCAAAUGUGGCGAAGACCAAGAACAACCUGGCGUCGGCGUACCUCAAGCAGGGCAAGUACAAGGAGGCCGAGCUCCUGUACAAGCAGGUGCUGACACGAGCACACGAGCGGGAGUUUGGCUGCGUGUCAGGUGACAACAAGCCCAUCUGGCAGCUGGCUGAAGAACGGGAGGAGAACAAGAGCCAACGCCGAGACAAUGCCCCCUACGGCGAGUACGGUGGAUGGCACAAGGCGGCCAAGGUCGACAGCCCGACGGUGGCUACCACACUGAAGAACCUGGGCGCCCUCUAUCGACGACAGGGAAAGUACGAGGCAGCUGAGACACUGGAGGACUGUGCCCUUAGGGCGCGCAAGGAGGCCCUGGACCAGCGGCAUGGUCGGUCAAUGCCCUACCUGGACUUCUCGACGCACAAGGACAAGAGGCAGAGUGGCAGCGGCAAGUCGGGGUCGCGGAGGGGUUCGCGCGAGUCUCUCGAUAGCGUCAACUAUGAUGGCCAGCCGCAGGACGAGAAUGGCCGAUUGAAGCGGAGCAGCUCGCUGGGCAAGCUGCGGGCUUCCAUCCGCCGCGGCAGUGCAAAGCUGGUGCAGAGGCUCAGGGGCAGCGACUUUGCCCACGACGAUGAUCUCGCCGCACGAAUGAAGCGCGCCAGUUCCAUGUGCGCCCUUAGUACAGACCCUCAGGCCAAGAGCAACCUGAUAAACAUGCGCCCGCGUACUGCAAGCUCAGACCAGCUUCGCUCCGCCAGCAAAGGAGAUCUCUAGCAAGCUGCGAAGCACCAGUCGCCCCCUGUGCAGCCUUUGCUUUUUUAACGACCGGGGUGGAAAUUUUAUUCAGUAGCGCACACACCACUCGGAAGAGGAGAUUGCAAAGUUGGGCAUCCUCGGAAUGCAUCUAGCCCGGAGAACAGAUGCCGGGCCCAACUAAGAGGCAGCGUGACAGUGUACUUACGUUGUCGACGGAUGAACGCUGUUUCCGAGCACUAGCUCACAGUUGCUUAUGUGUAACCCGUGCGCACGACAGAUAGGCUUCUCAGUGGCAUUGCUUUGGACUGAGUAGGCAGAGCGUAUUAUCUCGGUGAAAAGAAAAAAAAGGAAAAGCUUUACUUUAAAAAAAAAAAAAGUAGCGGCCAUUUCUCAUCGGCCACACAAAGAAAAACCUGCGGGGACCCAUUUGGCUGCUCGGUGGCAAAGUGUGAUGGUGGCAUAUGUUUGCCUCUUGUAUUUUGCUGCUUUUUCUAUGAAGUUUCGAAGUCAGGCCAUUUUGAGAUGUCAGAGUGGCAGUGUCCACUGUCAGAAGAGUAGUGUACUAAAUUUUGCUUUCAAGGCUCAUGCAUUCACAUCAUUCUAGGAUGUUCUUGUGCUUCACCUGCCACUGGUGCUUUGUUAACAAAUUAUUGAGACUUGAUAGAUGUGCUCACAUUAGAUUCGUUCUUUACUACUGCAACCCUGUGUAUGUGCACCACAUGUUGGCUUGGGCCUUACAAUUGUUUUCAUGGAUAAUUUGUCAAGCGGGGCUGGAAAAAAAAAAGAAUUCAGACACACCCAGCACGUUCAUAUUUUAUGUUGGUGUAAUGAAAGGAGUCAAGCAUGCUCAGAUUUCUGCUAUGAAAGAAUGGUGGUACUCUGAUGAAGUGGGCUGACUUAGAGAUCACGACAGAUUGUACUUACUUUUACUGUAAUUUUUAGUAAAAUCAGAGUAGAGGUCAUUGGAUGGCAACCUUAGAUUACAUGAAGCAUUGACUUGCUGCUAUGUGCAAUCUGAACUGCUCAUCAGGUUGUUAAUUCACCCUUUUGGGGAGCUCUUGAUUGUGCAUUAUGUAAUCAUGGAAACGGCAUCGGUAUCAUUUUUUGCUGAAUUAUGUUUCUUGCGUAGUGUAGAAUAGUGGUAGGUGCCCGUGCUGAAUAAGUAACUUGUACUCUGGCUACUACAUUUUCCACACUUUUUAUCGGAGUCACUAUCAGCCUUUGAAGAGAGUUAAAAACUCUUACAGCAUAAAGGCACGAGCAUUGAAGGCACAAUAAAUGAACUGAUGUAGUGCAGUACGUGCUGAGGUGCUUUCACAUUUUAGAAAUUGCCACCUGAAGCAUGUUCUUCUUUGCUGCUUCAUAAUGGAUUUUACAAAAUUUGCGGAUGAAGUGUAUGGCACUGUAGGUGAUUCCACAUUUUAGAAAUUGCUGCUUGAAGUGUGCUGCUUACCACUUGAUGAUGAAUUUGGUGAAAUUUUUCGUAGCUCAUGUUGCUGCCAUGGGACAGUAGAUUGUUUAGUGGAUGAAUGAGCAAAACACAAUGCAUUGACUGUACAGAACAUGUGCAUAUACCACUGACAGAGACUGAAGCUGUAUGUGCUAUUGAUUAUGUGAUAACACCUACAUAAAAGAAGUUGUGAAAGGAUUUUCAUCACUUGCAAGCGGUGAAAGCUUUUGAUAUUUCAGUCACAGAGGUUCUCCCUCUCUUGGUUUCUUGUAAUAUAAAGGAACUGAAAUGCCAAUUGCGAUCUAUGUAAGAUUUAUGUGCGCCUUGUUAGAAAAGACAGCUUGUGAAAAUGACAUGUAUCCCACAUGGCAUGUUGCAUUCUCAACUUGUUGGUCUUGGGAAAAUUAAGGGCAGUGCUGGCUCUACGUGCUGCACAUGCUUCGUUGUGGAAGCAUGCUGCAUGACAUUGGAGUCCCCUAGUGUGUCAAUUACAUGACAAUAUGCAGAAGGAGAAAAACUUAAGUUUGUUUAGCAUCUUGGCUUGCUGCUUGACAAAAUUGUCUGAACACAUUUCAAAAGUUGCUUGUAAUAAUCGUGCAGUUUUAUGGUCUGCAAAGUGUAGGAAAUUGCAACUUGCAUUACGACAUUCCAUCCAGCCAUCCGGUGCUCGUGAUAUUAAUGUUUUUGCUCCUGCAGUUUAGCCGUGGUACUGCUGCGCCAGUGUUGUCACAGCGAGCACAAUUUUGCAUUUCCACACACAGUUAAGCUUCCAAACAGUGAAUUGUAUGCCUCACUUGACCAAAGACACAUGUUGAAGCAAAUGACAUGGUGUAUUCUAUUUUGGCCAUGGCAUUUCAAGUAAAAAGGCAUGAACUACACUUCUAGGGGCAGUCGCUGCAACUUGUUCUAUUCUAGAAACACUAGCAGGAUCUUGUGCAUUACACCUGUGAGACAUGUUUGUAAGAGAAUCGAGGAAUUGAAAGUGCUUACGCUCGAGCUUUGUGGGCAGCAGCUGUUUAUGUAUUAAGUUUUUAUGCCACUUUGCAUGCACGCCUUAUUAUAACAUCCACUGGUCCGGCCAUGUGGCUGGCCACAGUUAAAAGGUGUCUGGCCAGCCUUCGUGUCUAUAGAAAGAUGUCUUCAUGAGAGAAGUGCUUGCAGUGCUCUCUUAACAUUCCGCUUUAGAAAACGUGGAGCUCUGUGAUCUGAGCGACGCUGUUCGUCGACGUGGGUUUUGCUGCAUAACAAGUCUGCGAAAAGGGGGCAAACGACGCCUUUUUUGCUUGGUUCCUAUCGGUAAUGCUGCUAACGGUGAGACUCUUGCCGUACCCCUACCAUGCGGACUUUGCGGGAAGAGCAGGACAGUUUGUUCUUUCGUCUUUUUUGUUGUUAUUUAUUUUGUUACAAGUUCUCUUUUUUUCCUUGUUUUAACGCAUUGACGAUCGCUGUGCGCUCUUGUUGGGGCAUGGAUGUGCAUCUUUUUUUGCACCAUGCGCUGUAUGCACUGCGUGCUAUCUUGUGUGCAGCGUCACUUGUCGGACAGGAGAUGCUGUGCAGAUUUUACAUGUACAUGUGCACGCCUGCGUGAGCUGUCUUCUUUUUUUUUUCUUGCGUGUGUGCGUGUCCGUGUGUGCAUUUGUAUGAGAAAUAAAAAGUGUAAUACACCAUGUC